UUGUGUUAUUUUAUGACAGGAUACCUCUACCAGCUGCUGGCUGCCGUCAUCAAGGGGAACCACACCAACUGCUCACAGUUCGCCAACAGCCACCGCCUCAACUGGCUCUUUUCUCGUCUGGGGUCAGCCGGCGAGGGAACCGGCAUGCUCGAUGUGCUCCACUGUGUCUUGAUAGACUCCCCCGAGGCUCUCAACGUUAUGAAGGAGGAGCACAUCAAGGUGAUUAUCGCCCUGUUGGAGAAGUAUGGCCGCGACCCCAAGGUGCUGGACGUACUGCGCUCCCUGUGUGUGGGCAACGGUACGGCCGUCCGCUCCUCGCAGAACAACAUCUGUGAUUACCUCCUUCCUGGCCGCAACCUCCUCCUCCAGACCCAACUAGUGGACCAUGUAUCCAGCGCACGACCCAACAUCUUCGUGGGCUUCGUGGAAGGCUCAGCCAUUUACCAGAAGUGGUACUACGAGGUGACUCUGGACCACAUCGAGCAGAUAUCACACCUGUCUCCACACUUGCGUCUCGGAUGGGCCAAUACGAAGGGCUACGUUAGCUACCCUGGAGGAGGUGAGAAGUGGGGUGGCAAUGGCGUCGGCGACGACCUCUACUCUUACGGAUUCGACGGCUCGUACUUGUGGACGGGCGGGAGAUAUACCCUCGUCAAUCCUAUUGAUUCGGAACCGCUGAUCAAGAAAGGCGACGUGAUUGGCUGCGCCCUCGACCUGACGGUGCCUAUUAUUACCUUCUACGUGAAUGGCCGGCAGGUAAACGGAGCCUUCACGGGCUUCAACCUGGACGGAAUGUUCUUCCCUGUGGUGUCUGCAUCUGCCAAGCUCAGCGCGAGGUUCCUGCUGGGCGGUGAACACGGCCGGCUCAAGUACCCGCCACCCGACGCCCACUCCUCCGUCUCCGAGUGUCUGCUGCCCUUCCAGACCCUUACCAUCGACCCCUGCUUCUACUUCGGGGAGCAGCACAAGGGCACGCUGGCGGGGCCUCUCCUCAUCCAGGACGACCUGGUCUUCGUCCCCAAGCCUGUCGACACCUCUGCCAUCCAGCUAGCGGCAUACAUCGAGCAGGUGCGAGACAAACUGGCCGAGAACAUCCACGAGAUGUGGGCCAUGAACAAGAUCGAGCAAGGCUGGACGUACAGCGAGCGACGGGACGACCUCCGCCUCCAUCACCCCUGCCUCACCUCCUUCGAGAAACUUCCGCCUAGCGAGAAGAGAUACGACGCUACGCUCGCUCUCCAGACUCUCAAGACAGUGCUGGCGUUGGGGUACCACAUUACCAUGGACAAGCCUCCCAGCCGUAUCCGCACCGUCAGGCUGCCCAACGACCCCUUCCUUCAGUCCAACGGCUACAAACCCCAACCCCUCGACCUGUCGCAGGUUAGCCUCACGUCCAAACUGGAAGAGCUGGUGGACCAGCUGGCGGAGAACACUCACAACAUCUGGGCCCGGGAGCGGAUCCUACAAGGCUGGACCUACGGCCUCAACGAGGACCCAGACAUGCAUCGCUCACCUCACCUCGUCAGCUAUGGAAACGUCGACGAUGCAAUCAAAAAGGCCAACCGAGACACAGCAUCCGAGACCAUUCGGACUCUCCUUGUGUAUGGCUACAUUCUGGAGGCUCCCACGGGAGACCAGGCUGAAGCGGCGGCCGCAGCCAUACAGAGCAUCAAGCGAGGCACGGCCCACCGAACCUACCGUCUGGAGAACACCAACGCCGUCACUUCUGGCAAAUGGUACUUUGAGAUGGAAGUUCUUACCUCUGGACCCAUGCGCGUGGGCUGGAUAGAGACGAGCAGUCCGCCCGGGACGGAGCUGGGCUGCGACGACAAGUCUUGGGCCUUCGACGGGUUCCGUCACAUGAAGCACCAUAUGGGCGGGACGGAGGCGUACGGACGACGUGCCCAGCCGGGCGACGUUGUGGGGGUAAUGAUGGACCUGCAUGACAAGACCAUCAGCUUCUCGCUCAACGGGGAGCUGAUGAUGGACGCGAGCGGGUCAGAGACGGCCUUCAGCGACGUCCAGGGAGACGCCUUCGUCCCUGCCUGCACUCUAGGCGUCGGCCAGAAGGCUCACUUAGUCUUUGGUCAAGACAUAAAUCAUCUCAAGUUCUUCACAACUUAUGGUCUCCAGGAGGGAUAUGAACCAUUCUGUGUGAACAUGGAGCGUCCGGUUACCUACUGGUACACAAAGGACCAGCCUAUUUUCGAGAACAACGAGGACUUGCCAGACUCGACUAUCGACGUGACGCGCAUCCCAGCGGGCUCCGAGACUCCUCCCUGCCUUAAGAUCGCCUCCAAGAUGUUCGAGCAGUGCGAGAAAGCCAACUGGGAGUUCCUACGAGUCUCCUUGCCAGUGGUGUGCGACCAGGUCUUUAUAGAUGAGGAAGAAAAGGCGGCUCGCUGGCAGGAAGUGAGGAACCGUCAGCACAGGAUCCAGCACGGGGAGGUUCAGCCUUCCAUGGCCUUCCAGAGCUCCCUCGUCGACACGGGCUUCUCCCUCUCAGACAUCAAAGAGCUUCACUAUAGUAAUGAGGAAGGUGUGGAGGCUGAUGAGGGCAUGGCCAGGAAAGGCACUUCAGCGGACAAGCCCUCUCAAGACCCUGUUACCUUGUCCACUGAGGUGACUCGCGAGACUCAGGAGGCGACGCCAGAACCAGCAGAGAGGAAAAAGCGAGGCAAGUCGCCUUUCAGGUUCUUCAGCAAAAAGCGUGAUGCGAGUGCUGACAGGAGCAGGAGCAAAGGCCGCACACCGGAGCCCUCGGCUAACAGCCUGGAUAUUCCUCGUCCUGCCAGGAAGAACAGGUCUCCCUCCGUCAGGCUAACUCAGGGAAUGGAGACCAAGCUGGUGCCUCCUGCUAUUCCUGAAAGACAGGGGGCGACGGAGGAGCUGCGGGAGGAGGAGCUGUUUGACCCAGAGUGCCUCAAACUGAUGAACGAGUAUUUCUACGGCGUUAGAAUCUUCCCUGGGCAGGACCCCGCCCACGUGUACAUCGGGUGGGUCACCACACAAUACCACAUUCACGACACCGCCUUCGACCAGAGCAAGGUCCGCUCCGUCAUCGUCCAGGAGUACACUGAGGAAGGACACAUUCAGAACGCCGUGGAGCGCCACAGCUGCUACAUGUUCCGGGCAGACGAACUCCACGCCGAAGUGACGUCCGACACUGGCGGGAAGAGCGCCUCGCAGGGUAUGUUCGUCGGAUGCUUCAUCGACGCAUCCACGGGCUUCAUCACGCUGCAGUGCGACGGGAAGGACACACGCCACAAGUACCGCAUGGAGCCCGGCACCAAGCUCUUCCCCGGCGUGUUCCUGGAGCCCACCAGCAAGGAGGUGCUCCAGAUCGAGCUGGGCCGCACGCCCACCACGCUGCCCUUGAGCGCCGCCGUCCUCCAGAACAGUGACAAACACGUCGUCCCUCAGAUGCCGCCACGCCUCAAGGUCCAGAUACUGAAGCCUUACCAGUGGUCCCGGGUGCCCAACACCUCCCUCAGGAUACACGCCCUCAAGCUCUCCGACAUCCGCGGCUGGUCCAUGCUAGCCGAGGACGCUGUGCCGAUGCUCGCCCUCCACAUCCCGGAGGAGGACCGAUGCAUCGACAUCCUCGAACUGAUCGAAUACGACAAGCUUUUAAGCUUCCACGCCCACACGCUGGCGCUGUACUGCGCCGUGUGCUACCAGAGCAACUACCGCGCUGCUCACACCCUCUGCUCACACGUCGACCAGAAGCAGCUGCUGUACGCCAUGCAGAGCGAGUACAUGUCAGGACCUCUGCGCAUGGGCUUCUACAACCUCCUGAUAGCACUGCACUUGGAGAGCUUCGCUAGUACAAUGGAGGUGACCCAUAAUGAGUUCAUCGUGCCCCUGAGCUCUGAGCUGAAGGAGAUCUACGCAGAUGAGACAAUGGGCAACUCUAUGUCUGCCACUCACACCGAGUCCAUCCGGCCCAUCAUGACAAUGUCCGACAUAUCCACCAACAUUGAGACCAUCAAGGGCCUCUCCUCACCGUACUUCCCGCUCGACGUCGCUAGAGAGUUCGUCAUGAACGCCCUUUCCGACGCCGUCAAGACCAACCAGAUCCACAAUAGGGACCCCAUCGGCGGCUCCAACGAAAAUUUGUUUGUUCCGCUGCUCAAGUUGGUGGACAAGCUGCUGCUGGUGGGUGUGCUGCAAGAUGAAGACAUCACCCGUCUCCUUAUUAUGAUCGACCCGCAGACAUGGGACCCCAACUUUGAGCCAGUUCCUGCUUCUCGCCCACAUACUCGUGCCUCUCUUCCACAUGUUCCUGCUUCUCGCCCACAUACUCGUGCCUCUCUACCACAUGUUCCUGCUUCUCGCCCACAUACUCGUGCCUCUCUUCCACAUGUUCCUGCUUCUCGCCCACAUACUCGUGCCUCUCUACCACAUGUUACUGCUUCUCUACCACAUGUUACUGCUUCUCUACCACAUGCUCCUGCUUCUCUACCACAUGUUCCUGCUUCUCUACCACAUGCUCCUGCUUCUCUACCACAUGUUCCUGCUUCUCUACCACAUGUUACUGCUUCUCGCCCACAUGUUCCUGCUUCUCUACCACAUGUUCCUGCUUCUCUCCCACAUGUUCCUGCUUCUCUCCCACAUGCUCCUGCUUCUCUCCCACAUGCUCCUGCUUCUCUACCACAUGUUCCUGCUUCUCUCCCACAUGCUCCUGCUUCUCUACCACAUGUUCCUGCUUCUCUCCCACAUGCUCCUGCUUCUCUACCACAUGUUCCUGCUUCUCUACCACAUGUUCCUGCUUCUCUCCCACAUGCUCCUGCUUCUCUACCACAUGUUCCUGCUUCUCUCCCACAUGCUCCUGCUUCUCUACCACAUGUUCCUGCUUCUCUACCACAUGUUCCUGCUUCUCUCCCACAUGUUCCUGCUUCUCUACCACAUGUUCCUGCUUCUCUACCACAUGUUCCUGCUUCUCUACCACAUGUUCCUGCUUCUCUACCACAUGUUCCUGCUUCUCUACCACAUGUUCCUGCUUCUCUACCACAUGCUCCUGCUUCUCUACCACAUGUUCCUGCUUCUCUACCACAUGUUCCUGCUUCUCUCCCACAUGUUCCUGCUUCUCUACCACAUGUUCCUGCUUCUCUACCACAUGUUCCUGCUUCUCUACCACAUGUUACCCUGCUUCUCUACCACAUGUUCCUGCUUCUCUACCACAUGUUCCUGCUUCUCUACCACAUGUUCCUGCUUCUCUACCACAUGCUCCUGCUUCUCUACCACAUGUUCCUGCUUCUCUACCACAUGUUCCUGCUUCUCUCCCACAUGUUCCUGCUUCUCUACCACAUGUUCCUGCUUCUCUACCACAUGUUCCUGCUUCUCUACCACAUGUUCCUGCUUCUCUACCACAUGUUCCUGCUUCUCUACCACAUGUUCCUGCUUCUCUACCACAUGCUCCUGCUUCUCUACCACAUGUUCCUGCUUCUCUACCACAUGUUCCUGCUUCUCUCCCACAUGUUCCUGCUUCUCUACCACAUGUUCCUGCUUCUCUCCCACAUGUUCCUGCUUCUCUCCCACAUGCUCCUGCUUCUCUACCACAUGUUCCUGCUUCUCUACCACAUGUUCCUGCUUCUCUACCACAUGUUCCUGCUUCUCUACCACAUGUUCCUGCUUCUCUACCACAUGUUCCUGCUUCUCGCCCACAUGUUCCUGCUUCUCGCCCACAUGUUCCUGCUUCUCGCCCACAUGUUCCUGCUUCUCUCCCACAUGUUCCUGCUUCUCUACCACGUGCUCCUGCUUCUCUACCACAUGUUCCUGCUUCUCUACCACAUGUUACUGCUUCUCUACCACAUGUUCCUGCUUCUCUCCCACAUGUUCCUGCUUCUCUCCCACAUGCUCCUGCUUCUCUACCACAUGUUCCUGCUUCUCUACCACAUGUUCCUGCUUCUCUCCCACAUGUUCCUGCUUCUCUACCACAUGUUCCUGCUUCUCUCCCACAUACUCGUGCCUCUCUACCACAUGUUCCUGCUUCUCUACCACAUGUUCCUGCUUCUCUACCACAUGUUCCUGCUUCUCUACCACAUGUUCCUGCUUCUCUACCACAUGUUCCUGCUUCUCUACCACAUGUUACUGCUUCUCUACCACAUGUUCCUGCUUCUCUCCCACAUGCUCCUGCUUCUCUCCCACAUGCUCCUGCUUCUCUACCACAUGUUCCUGCUUCUCUACCACAUGUUCCUGCUUCUCGCCCACAUGUUCCUGCUUCUCUACCACAUGUUCCUGCUUCUCUCCCACAUGCUCCUGCUUCUCUCCCACAUGCUCCUGCUUCUCUACCACAUGUUCCUGCUUCUCUACCACAUGUUCCUGCUUCUCGCCCACAUGUUCCUGCUUCUCUACCACAUGUUCCUGCUUCUCUCCCACAUGCUCCUGCUUCUCUACCACAUGCUCCUGCUUCUCUACCACAUGUUCCUGCUUCUCUACCACAUGUUCCUGCUUCUCUACCACAUGUUCCUGCUUCUCUCCCACAUGCUCCUGCUUCUCUACCACAUGUUCCUGCUUCUCUACCACAUGUUCCUGCUUCUCUCCCACAUGCUCCUGCUUCUCUCCCACAUGUUCCUGCUUCUCUCCCACAUGUUCCUGCUUCUCUCCCACAUGUUCCUGCUUCUCUACCACAUGUUCCUGCUUCUCUACCACAUGUUCCUGCUUCUCUACCACAUGUUCCUGCUUCUCUACCACAUGUUCCUGCUUCUCUACCACAUGUUCCUGCUUCUCUACCACAUGCUCCUGCUUCUCUACCACAUGCUCCUGCUUCUCUACCACAUGCUCCUGCUUCUCUCCCACAUGCUCCUGCUUCUCUCCCACAUUUUGGGUUUCAAAAACCUCUCCGAAGAGGAGCUGGAGGAGACCCCAUGUGGAGAAGACCUGAGGAAACAGAUGCAAGACUUCCAUGAUAAACUGAUGGCCAAGACUAAGAUACCGGGUGGAAAAGAGCAGGAUACUGACUCUGAGGAGACUACAACAGCUGACUCCACAGGAGUCAUGUCCAAAUUCCUGGGCAUUCUGGGAGGUGUUAAAGAGGAAGUGGAUGAGGAACCUGCUCCUGAACCUGAGGUGCUGGAUGCCGCCGAUAAGUUCAAGAAGGUCCUUGUUGAAACUAUCGUUCGCUGGGCCAGCGAAUCUUUUAUCGAAACUCCAGUUCUCAUUAGGGAGAUGUUCAGUCUGCUGCUGCGGCAGUACAACAGUAUUGGUGAGAUGAUGGCGGCCCUGGAGAAGACGUACGUCAUCAGCAGCACCACCAAGAAGGACGUGGAGACACUGUGGCUGUGUCUGAGCAAGGUGCGCGCUCUCCUCCCUGUCCAGAUGUCCCAGGAGGAGGAGGCCCUCAUGCGGGAGCUGCUGUGGACUCUGGUCAACAACCACAUCUUCUUCCAACACCCGGACCUGAUCCGCAUCUUGUGUGUUCACGAGAACGUGAUGGCCGUGAUGAUGAACACGCUGGGGCGCCGGGCCCAGGCCGUCAGCGAGACCCAGCCCCUCGAGGGAGAAGUGACCCAAGCAAAGGAGAAGGACACGUCGCACGAGAUGGUGGUGGCGUGCUGCAAGUUCCUCUGCUACUUCUGCCGGACGGGGCGCCAGAACCAAAAGGCCAUGUUCGACCACCUGCCCUUCCUGCUGGAGAACUCCUACAUCCUGUUGUCGCGGCCGUCCCUGCGAGGCACCACUCCCCUCGACGUGGCUUACUCCUCCCUCAUGGACAACACCGAGCUAGCCCUAGCCCUCAGGGAGCAUCACCUGGAAAAGAUCGCCGUGUACCUCUCAAGAUGUGGCCUGCAGAGCAACAGUGAGCUGGUGGAGCGCGGCUACCCUGACCUGGGCUGGGACCCCGUGGAGGGAGAGCGCUACCUAGACUUCCUCAGGUUCUGCGUCUGGGUCGGAGGUGAGAGCGUCGAGGAGAAUGCUAACUUGGUCAUCCGUCUGCUGAUCCGCAAGCCCGAGUGUCUGGGGCCGGCGCUGCGAGGCGAGGGUGAAGGCCUCCUUCGCGCCAUUAUCGACGCCAAUAAGAUGUCAGAACGUAUCUCAGCGCAACGUCUUGGCGCCGAGGCUGAAGGAGCAGUUCCCAUCGACCACCCGAUGCCUGCUGGCGACGACGACGAAGAUUACAUAGACACUGGGGCUGCUAUUCUAGCCUUCUACUGCACCUUAGUCGACCUGAUGGGUCGCUGCGCCCCUGAGGCCAAUGUCAUUGCCCAGGGCAAGAACGACAGCCUGCGAGCACGCGCCAUCCUCCGCUCUCUGGUACCCUUAGAGGACCUCCAGGGUGUUUUGUCGCUGCGCUUCACUCUGUCGACGACAGCGGCGGAGGAAGGCCGCAGCGACAUCCCUCCCGGCCUGAUCCCAGCACACAAGCAGAGUGUUGUGCUCUUCUUGGAGCGUGUCUACGGCAUGGACAAUGUGGAGCUCUUUUUCCGUCUCCUGGAGGACGCCUUCCUGCCCGACCUCCGCGCCGCCACCUCGCUAGAUAAGUCAGACGGGACGGAGUCGGAGAUGGGCUUGGCCCUCAACCGUUACAUUGGUAACUCCAUCCUGCCCGCCCUCAUCUCUCACUCCAGCUUCUACGCUGAGGCCGACCAGCACGCCCCGCUCCUUGACGCCACGCUCCACACCGUCUACCGCCUCUCCAAGUGCAAGAUUUUGACCAAAGGUCAGCGCGAGGCCGUGUCAGACUUCCUGAUAGCGCUGACGAGAGAGAUGCAGCCGGCGGCCCUCCUGCCGCUGCUGCGUAAGCUGACCAUCGACGUGUCCAAGCUCUCCGAGUACACCACCGUCGCCCUCAGGUUGCUGACGCUGCACUACGAGAGGUGCGGCAAGUACUACGGCACCUCCUCCAACACCCCCGGCACCGCCUCCGAGGAGGAGAAGAGACUCACUAUGAUGCUCUUCACAAACAUCUUUGAUUCUCUCGCCAAGAUGGAGUACGACCCGGAACUGUUUAGCAAGGCACUUCCGUGCUUGUCGGCCAUCGGGUGCUCGCUGCCGCCCGACUACUCCUUGACCCAUGGCCACGAGGACGAGCUCUACAACACCUCCUCCUGCGCCGAGGGACCCUACACGCCCACGCCCAUCGACACCACAGAUGUGCAGCCAGACCAGGACAUCCAGGACCUUAUAAAGAAGUUCAGUGAACAUUACCACGACGCGUGGGCCUCCCGCAAGCUGGAGAGUGGCUGGGUGUAUGGCGACACUUACUCCAUCGAGGAGAAGCUCCACCCAAGACUUAAGCCCUUCAGCAUGCUCUCUGACUACGAGCGGGAGCGGUACCGGGAACCCGUGCGGGACGCCAUUAAGGCCCUGCUGGCCAUCAACUGGAACAUUGAGUUCGAGAGUACUGAGGGUGUGAGCACCAGCGGCCGCGAGCAGCUUCACCGUCAGGACACUUCUGAUCUCUACAACUACAACCCUCAGCCUGUGGACAUGACCAACCUGACACUGUCAAGGGAGAUGCAGAACAUGGCUGAGCGUCUGGCCGAGAACGCUCACGAUAUUUGGGCCAAACGCAAGAAGGAGGAGCUGGACGCUUGCGGUGGGGGCAUCCACCCUCAGAUGGUGCCCUACGACAUGCUGACGGAGAAGGAGAAGCGCAAGGAUCGCUUCCGCUCCGUGGAGCUCCUCAAGUACCUGCAGUUCAUGGGAUACCGUCUUACAAGGGCUGUUGGUGAUGGCGACGACGGCGGAGCGUCCACCGGGGCCGUCGACCGCAGGUUCGCCUACAGUCUGCUGGAGAAGCUGCUCCAGUACCUCGACUGUGCUGCCAUCAACAUGAAGUUGUUGAGACCCUCUUCCAACCUUAGCAGACGCAACUCCUUCAAGACCUCCACAAAGGACGUUAAGUUCUUCUCCAAAGUUGUCCUCCCUCUCAUGGAGAAAUACUUCAGCACUAAUCGCAACUACUUCCUGGCGGUGGCUCUGACGACGAACAUGGUCGGUGCUGCAUCGCUCAAGGAGAAGGAAAUGGUUGCCUCACUCUUCUGCAAACUGGCAAACCUCAUGAGGAUCAAGAGCGUCUGCUUUGGCUCCGAUACAAAGGUUACAGUAAAAUGCCUGCAAGUGAUUGUGAGAGCAGUUGAUGCCAAGACUCUGGCCAAGAGUUUACCAGAGUUCGUCCGCACGUCCAUGUUGACCUUCUUCAACAACUCCGCCAUCGACCUGGAGCACUGUAUCCACUGCCUGCAGGAGGGUAAAUAUGCGUACAUCCGGGGCACUCACCUCAAGACGUCUGCCUCCCUCAACUACAUCCAGACGGUGUUGCUGCCCGUCCUCACCUCCCUCUUCGACCACACCGCUGCCUGCGAGUUUGGUCAAGACUUCCUCUUGGAUGAGAUCCAGGUGGCGUGCUACAAGAUCCUCGCCGCCCUCUACCAGCUGGGAACUGACCUCACUCUAGAUGGCGGCAAGACUUUCAUGAAGAAGGAGUUGGACCGCCACCGACCCUCCAUCGGCAACUGUUUGGGAGCCUUCGCCGCUACCUUUCCCGUGGCGUACCUGGAGCCCAUGAUGAACAAGAACAAUCCCUGGAGCAUUCAUAACCGCAUCGCUGACCAGUCCCUGGAAGCCCAAGAAAUCAUCGUUAAGAUGGAGACGGCAAUGCCCACGCUGGAAACCGUCUUAAAGCAGGUAGAAAAGUUUGUGGAAGAAGAGACAAAGCACGUUGACCAGCCUCAAAACAUUGACGUGCUGCUGCCUAUGUUGUGCUCCUACCUCCCCUUCUGGUGGAACCAAGGCCCAGACAACGUCAAUCCUUCCGAGGGGAACCACGUGUCGAUGGUGACGUGCGAGCACAUGAACCAGCUGCUGAGGCUGGUGCUGAGACUCAUCAUGUACAACGUGGGUGUGGAGAACGCUCCCUGGAUGACGCGCAUCGCCGGCUACACCCAGCAGAUCAUCAUUAACUCGAGCGAGGAGCUGCUGCGGGACUCCUACCUGCCCCUGGCUGACCGCGUCCACAAGCGCACCGAGCACAUGUUCAACAAGGAGGAGAACCUCAGAAGCUUCCUCAAGUCCACCACCGAGGAUACUAGCCAAGUGGAAGGUCAGCUGCAGGAGGAGUGGCAGCUGCUGACACGAGACAUCUACGCCUUCUAUCCGCUACUCAUCAAAUACGUGGAUCAGCAGCGAAACUACUGGCUCAAGAAUGACGUGCCGGAAGCUGAGGACGUGUACAAUCGUGUAGCUCAGAUCUUCCACAUAUGGUCCAACUCCCAGUACUUCCGGCGGGAGGAGACCAACUUUAUCAGCCAGAACGAGAUUGACAACAUGACGCUCAUCAUGCCCACGGCCUCCAGCCGUAGUCGCGCCUCCGCCGCCCCGGAGUCUGGCUCAGGGGGCAAAGUGAAGAAAAAGAAGAAGCGAACGGGUGGGAAGAAGGCGAGCAAGGAGAAGGAGCUAGCCUCCUCGCUGAUGGUGGCCUGCCUCAAGCGCCUCCUCCCCGUAGGCCUUAAUCUCUUUGCUGGCAGGGAACAAGAACUUGUGCAGCACUGCAAAGAAAAGUUCCUCGCGAAAAUUUCAGAGGUAGAGAUCCGAGACUUUUCCAAGACUCAGCUCACAUUGCCUGACAACUUCGACCCAUCUGACGCAAUGAACUGGCAACACACACUCUACUCUCGCCUGGGUGGAGGUCGUGUCCCAAGAGAAGACGAUGAUGAUAAAAAGUUGGUGCCUACCGUCGACGACACAGUCGACCGCAUCGUCGCCAUGGCCAAAGUUCUCUACGGUCUCCACAUUAUUGAUCACCCGCAGUCCUCCAAGGAGGUCUGGCGUUCUGUUGUGUCUAUCCAGAGGAAACGUGCAGUCAUCGCCUGCUUCAGACAGACUUCCCUCCACAUGAUGCCAAGGCAUCGCGCCGUCAACCUCUUCCUCCGGACCUACCGGGAAUACUGGCUGUCGGACGAAAAUGUUGGACAGGAGGUGGUCAUCGAGGACUUAACGCAAUCGUUUGAGGAGGCGGAGAGUAAGAAGAAGGAGGCGGAGGAGGAUGCUGGAGCGCCGGACCAGUUGACGCAGCUGGUGACAACCUUCAGUCACAAGGCGACCACAGAGCACACCGGCGUCUUGGCCGAGGACCCCCUCUACAUGUCUUACGCCGAGAUCAUGGCCAAGUCCUGUGGCGAGGAGGAGGAGGAAGGCGAGGAAGACGCAGGCGAGGACGCCGGCGGGAACGAGGACCCGGCCGCCACUCUUAAUGAACAAGAGCUGGAGAAGCAGAAGCUGCUGUUCCACCAGGCGCGGCUCUCCAACCGUGGCGUGGCCGAGAUGGUGCUGCUUCACGUGUCCGCGGCCCGCGGCCAGCCCGGCGACAUGGUCAUGACCACCCUCAAGCUGGGCAUUGCUAUCCUCCGGGGCGGUAAUGUUGACUGUCAGGCGGCCAUGUUGACUUACCUGAAGGAGAAGAAGGACGCCUCCUUCUUCCUGUCCAUCGCCGGGUUGAUGAAUUCGUGCUCGGUGCUCGACCUGGACGCCUUCGAGCGUAACACCAAGGCCGAGGGUCUGGGUGUGGGCGCCGACGGCUGCGCCGGAGAGAAGAACAUGCACGACGCUGAGUUCACUUGCGCGCUCUUCCGCUUCAUCCAACUGACUUGUGAAGGUCACAACUUGGACUGGCAAAACUACCUGAGGACUCAAGCAGGGAACACGACGACGGUCAACGUUAUCAACUGCACCGUAGACUACCUGCUGCGUCUGCAGGAGUCCAUCAUGGACUUCUACUGGCACUAUUCUUCUAAGGAGAUCAUCGACCCUGCCGGCAAGGCCAACUUCUUCAAGGCUAUUGGAGUGGCCAGUCAGGUCUUCAACACGCUGACUGAGGUGAUUCAGGGGCCAUGUGUGGGCAACCAGCAGACCCUGGCCCACUCUCGUCUGUGGGACGCCGUCGGUGGCUUCCUCUUCCUAUUUGCCCACAUGCAGGACAAGCUCAGUAAACACUCCUCGCAGGUCGACCUGCUCAAGGAACUCCUUAACCUGCAGAAGGACAUGGUUAUCAUGAUGCUGUCUAUGCUGGAGGGUAACGUUGUCAACGGGACGAUUGGUAAGCAGAUGGUGGACACCCUGGUGGAGAGUGCCUCCAACGUCGAGCUGAUACUGAGGUACUUCGAUAUGUUCCUUAAACUAAGGGACCUUACCAGUUCAACCACCUUCCAGGAGCUGGACAUGAACAAGGAUGGCACUGUAACACCCAAGGAGUUUAAGGAGAAGAUGGAGCAGCAGAAGAACUACACCACGGAGGAGAUUAACUUCUUACUGAUGUGUUGUGACUGUAACCAUGACGGCAAGAUUGACUAUUUGGAGUUCACUGAACGCUUCCACAACCCAGCCAAGGAGAUCGGGUUCAACUUGGCAGUGCUGCUCACUAACUUGUCAGAGCACAUGCCCAACGACCCGCGCCUCGCCAGGUUCUUAGAGACGGCAGGUUCAGUUCUCAAUUACUUCGAACCGCUACUCGGACGCAUCGAAAUCAUGGGUAGUUCGAAGCGCAUUGAGCGAGUGUAUUUUGAGAUCAAGGAGGAAAACAUCGACCAGUGGGAGAAGCCCCAGAUUAAGGAGUCCAAGCGAGGGUUCUUCUACGCCAUCGUGACCGAGGGAGACAAGGAAAAGCUGGAAGCUUUCGUCAACUUCUGUGAGGAUGCUAUCUUUGAGAUGCAGCACGCCGCCGCUCUCAUGGAGGAGGAAGACGACGCUAUGGCCAAGAAGUGCGAAGCUGAUGCACUCAAGUACCUCACUGAAGACGAGGAAGAAAAAACGGGCAUGGAUCUGAUUAAGGCCAAGAUUGGAGGUAUGAAGGAUCAGGUGCUGGAGACAUUCUCCAUAUUAGCGCCAUCUAACGUGAAGAGGAAAAUCAAGGAGAUCAAACAGAUGACCCCAGCCGAACUGGCCGUGGGUUUCUGUCGCUUAUUGUUUCUGAUAAUGUACCACAGCGCCUUUGGUGUGUUCUACGUCUCCCGCAAGGUGUGGCGAGCCACCAUGAGGCUGAUGCAAGGCCCGCCCCUCGAGCAGGCGGAGCAGAAGGAGGAGAAGUCUGGUCCAUUCGUGCGUCUGGCUAUACCAGCGUUACCGGACGUUGCUCUUGAUCAACUGCCGCCGCCUGCUGCAGAAGCCAAGCCUGAAGGAGAACAACUUUCGUUGGAGGCUAAACCUGAGGAUAUCAUCGACGACGAUAAGAUGAAGCCGGUGCUGGACGCUCUGGCGGAGCUCAAGGACGACAUCACCCCAGAGCAAGCUAUCGCUGCUGUCAAGUUUGGUGGGGACGGCAGCGCUGGUCACCUCGAAGCCGCGGAGAAGAAAGCAGUAGAGGCAGCCCAGCAGGAGGCCAUGCAGAGGAAUGAAGAACAACCUUCAGCUGCUGCCGCAGAGCCGCCUCCAGUGGCACAGGUGGACCUGAGCAGCUACAACAAGCGGGCCGUCAGCUUCCUGGCCAGGAACUUUUACAACCUCAAGUAUGCCGCGCUCGUCCUCGCCUUUUGUAUCAACUUUAUCCUUCUCUUCUUCAAGGCGUCAGCCCUGGGAGGUGUGGAGGAGGAAGAGGAAGCUGUGGCGGUGAACAAUCCUUUCGCCUUUGGCUCGGGCGACCUGCUGGGCUCCGGGGACGCCGCCGUUCUCGGCGACGCUGACGGAGACGAACUCGGCUCUGGCAACUUUACCUUAGGUGAUGACGAUGACGACGACGAAGAUGAGGAGGAGGUUGAGGAGUGGAUCCACAUGGAUGACCGGUACUUCUACCUGGAACACGUCAUCCGUCUCUUCUCCGUCACCCACAGCAUCGUUGCUCUCUGCAUGCUCCUCGCCUACUACAAUCUCAAGAUACCGCUGGUGAUAUUCAAGCGCGAGAAGGACGUGGCUAGGCGCCUGGAGUUCGACGGGAUAUAUGUCGCUGAGCAGCCCGAGGACGACGACAUCAAGGCCCACUGGGACAAGCUGGUCAUCUCUGCCAAGAGUUUCCCCAACAAUUACUGGGACAAGUUCGUGAAGAAGAAGGUGCGACAAAAGUACAGUGAAACCUACGACUUCGAUGCCAUCUCCAACCUGCUGGGAAUGGAGACCACCAUGAGCUUCAAGCAGGAGGAGGCUUCCACUGGCAUUAUUGGAUACAUGACGUCGGUGGACUGGAGGUACCAGGUGUGGAAGGCUGGAGUCACCAUCACUGAUAAUCAAUUCCUGUACAACCUGUGGUACCUGACCUUCUCCAUGCUGGGAAACGUCAACUACUUCUUCUUCGCUGCUCACCUGCUGGACGUGGCUGUGUCCAUCCCCUCGCUCAAGACCAUCCUCCAGUCCGUCACACACAACGGCAAACAGUUGAUCUUAACAUGCAUGCUGCUGACCAUCAUAGUAUACUGCUACACUGUCAUCGCCUUCAACUUCUUCAGGAAGUUCUAUAUCUCUGAGGAAGACGACGUGGUGGACCAGAAGUGUCACGACAUGCUCACGUGCUUCGUGUUCCACCUGUAUAAAGGUGUUCGAGCCGGUGGCGGUAUCGGCGACGAAAUCGAAUCCCCUGAUGGCGACGACUACGAGCUCUACCGCAUCAUCUUCGAUAUCACCUUCUUCUUCUUCAUCAUUGUUAUCCUGCUGGCUAUUAUUCAGGGUCUUAUCAUCGACGCCUUUGGUGAACUGAGAGACCAGCUGGAGUCGGUGAAGGAGAACCUGGAGAGCAACUGCUUCAUCUGCGGUAUAGGCAGCGACUACUUCGACGCUGUGCCGCAUGGCUUCGAUAUGCACGUACUCAAGGAACAUAAUUUAGCUAACUACAUGUUUUUCUUAAUGCAUCUGAUCAACAAAGAUGAGACGGAGUACACUGGACAGGAGACAUAUGUGUGGAAUAUGUACCAGCAGCGGUGCUGGGACUUCUUCCCCGUUGGCGACUGCUUCAGGAAACAGUACGAGGAAGAGCUGUCUGGCGGAGGCUCUGCUAGCUGAGCGUCUUCAAGUUCUCUGCUGCUUAUAUUUACCUGUUUCCAGUUCAACUGUAUGGGGACGUAUUUUGCCAUAAAUAUUGUAAUUUAUGUGAUGGAUUAUCGGAGUCAAAAUACAUAUAUAUUUUUUAUUGUAUGAAAAAUAAAUCUGUGGUGGUAUUCUA